UCGCUUUUGCCAUCACUAGUUGUGUGUUUUGAUUUUUGCACGAAAUCUUUUUUAAGUUUUAUCUCCAAAAUUAAGUUUUUUAAUUAAAAAAUGUGCGACAAGGUCACCGCCCGCUGUAACUGGCCCCAAAUUGGGGGGAACGAGUUGGGUCAGCUGGUGGCCACCCGAUUGUCCGACGAAGACGUCUUUGUGAAGCCCGAUCUAGACGAUGUGAUAAACGAGGAACGCGCCGUGCUGCUUGCAAACACAGAAAAUCCACCACCACCUUGUGAGCUGAGGUUCCAAAUUCCGACUCGCUUCAAAAUUGCAGCUCUCACCUUGAUUUGCAGUGCUCCCAAAGUGGAGCUUUUUAUUGGACCUUCCCAGGAGUACUGCGAAACCAUCUACGGACUGAGCGUGGAAGAGGAGGAUGAAGAGAUUCCAGUUCGACCCUAUCGCUACGACAUGGAAAUAGACCGUUCCGGGAUUAACGACAUUAAUCUCAAGAUGCUCACCUCGGCCGCCGAAAUAUGUGUUUAUGGAGCCAUGCUGCAGACAGCUCCAAAUCCUAAUGGCAUAACCACCCAGCUGCCCAGACCGGUGGACUUGGAAAGAAUCCAGGAGCUGUUGCAAAGGGGAGGAAGCAAUUCAUCAAAAAAUGAGGAGCAGGCCGAGAAGUUCCAGCAGUUCAUGUCCCUGAUGAAGGGAUGUUCACCGCAGACUGAAGUAAAACUUCAAGAAACUGCUCCUAAUAGCGAUGUCACAAUCCUCAAGGAUCACAUAGACAUGCGAUUUGAAAAGCUUACUCAAUUAGUGUCCAAAAGGCUGGACAGUUUUGAGGCCCAACAGACAGAGAAACUUAACAAAAUUAUCGCCUUGCUUGAAAAGGAGAAAUAAUAUUUCCGAAAAAUGGUCUAAUUUAACUUUUUUUUUGUAUCAUUCAUUAUUUUAUUUUGUAAUUGUUCUAAAAGACUGUUAGUGCUAUUUCGAAUGUGAUUAUACGAAAUUUUUUCUUUAAGUUUGUUUUUCGAAUCUAUUGUAAAUUAAAUAAAAUAAAUUGUUCUUAAAUUUUAAA